CUCAUUGACAACCUCAUUUACAACAAUUUACUCGCCGAAAUGUCUGUCUGUGUUGAAUGCAAAAAGCCACUCGAUGUAGAACUCGACCCCGAGGAGGAGGAGGAAUAUGAGACAGCAGCCUCAUCCUCCGGCAAAGCUCCCGCGGCAGCUACAGAAACAGUUCCAGAUGAUGUCCAGCUAACAUGCGGAUGUCAUUUCCACUGGGACUGCCUGCUCGAAGCCUACCAAGUCACCGAAUGUCCCAAUUGCGGGAAGAAUAUAGCAUCGACGUCAUCCAACGGCGCGCAACAAGUUCUCUGCAACUUGAACAACGAAGGCGGCCUACAAACAGACCUCGACAUCCUACCCCUCCUCACCGAAGAAUUCUACCUCAAAGCCUACCCCGAAGAUCGCAAGUGCCGCGCUUUCCUCGAAUUCUGCCGCGAAGGCGACUUCAAAGCCAUCAUCGACAUGCUACAAGACGACGAGGUAGACGAAGAUGACGAUGAAGAUGAGGAAAUGGCCGACGAUGAUCAGCCUGGUAAAGAGGUUGGCAUUGAUAGGAUGCUGCGAUACCAGGACCCGAUUGGUGAGAUGCAGUCUGGUCUGCAUGCUGCAGUGCAGGCGCAAAGCAGGGAGGUUGCUUGGCUGCUGUUGCUAUUAGCAAGCAACCUAGAUCUGUUAGAGUUUCCGCCCGAGGUGUUCCAGGAGGCCGCGGCUCUAGGAAUUAUGAGGGGUUUGACAGAGGACAAAGUGGAUAUCAGAAGUUUGAGGGAUGCGAAUGGGAAGACUGCAGAAGAUGUUGCAAAUGAAAUUGGUGGUGUGUGGGUUGGGUGGACGGGCAAUGGGCGGCUGGCAAUAUGAGGAGGAUGUCAUACAUAUGCCAUGACACACACGAUACGUGAGCGAAAGAAGACAGGUUCACGACCCUACUCUCAAAUCAUGAGGGGGCAAAUGCCAUGCGCAUAGCUUCGGGCUACAACAAGACUCACAUACGAUUUUAAUUCCAGUGGGCAAUAUCAUGCAGCAGCGUUUUGUUACGAUAUAUAAUCUGCAUAGCUACAUCACUGAUGUGUAUCUGCUCUCAAAUGCCUAUGAUAGGCAUCAGUAUUAGAUGGCUUUAGCAACGGAAUGCAAGACCAAUAAGAACUAUACCCUACAC